UGAUGAUAGAUCGAGGAAUGUGAGGAGAACUUCGACACAACGACGUUACUCUCUCUCCGUUUAUAUUAUUUUUUUUUUACAACACAAAAUUUUGUAUUAAUAUAGUGCAAAAGUGAAAAAAAAAAAUACGAAAAUAUACAAUUUUCCCAUUUUAUUGUUAAAUCUCUUAAAAAAAAAAGCGAUAACGAAACAAUACUGUGGAUAUAAUAAUUUUACUCUGUGUGAAAAAUCCCUCAAUAAGAAAAAAAAAUACAAGAAAAACAAAAUUGAAGAAGAAUUUCCCCGCGAUAAAAAAAGGAAGAGUCGACCGCUCCCCUGAAAAAAAAACUCCCAAUUUUUACUACAUUUUUUGGUCUCUUUUUUUUUAUAUUUUUUCCCAAAUUUUAUCUAAAAAAAUACAACAAAACAAAUUUUCUGCAACAAUAUGUGAAGUCAAAAAAAGGAGAAUUUAUUAUUUCUCAACAAAAGAAAAACAAAAAAAAAAACGAAUCUACUACUCGCGCGAGUUUCGUUAUGUGAUACUUGCUUCUCCUCAUUUCUACACCCCUCUCUCUCAAACAGUGUAAAUGAAUUUGAAGAAAAUUCAUUAAAAAAAAAAGAAGAAAGAAAAUUUAAACAAAAAAAAAAAAAGUUUUCUAAAAAUAUUCGAAAAGAAGAAUCAUUUCUUUGCUUAUUUUUUUUUUUUGCUGCCCAAAGCCCGAGCCGAGUCGAGUUGGGCCGCCCGAGAGUGUAUUCGCCUCCUCUCGCCUAUUCCAAGUGGAAAGUGCAAAGGAAAUUCAAUGAGAGUUGUGUGUUGUUUGUGUAGUCUGUGGUGUAGUGUGUGCGUAAACUCGCGUAAAGUGGCAUAAAAAGUUUUGCUGCAACAAUUUUUUUCUUCUUCUUCAUUCUCCUCUCUCUGUCUACUCUUCUUUCGCUCUCCAAUUUGAAUUUUUUUUUGGCAUUUUUCUUUCAAUUUGAAUUUUUUUCAUCAAACCAACACAUAAAUGUGUGCGCGAGUACGUGUUGGUGAAAAAUGCACGCAAAAUGUUGUGUAACUUCGUUUAAAGGAUUUAUUUUGUGUCAGAAUUUGAAUAUAUUUAACGCGGCUGUUGAAUUUAUGUCAAAUAAAAAUUUGAAUUAAAGAAUAAAAAAAAUCUCAACAAAAAAACGAAGAAAAAAAAAAACUAGUGUGAACGUAACGUAACGACAAGGACAACAAAACCAUCAUAGAGCGACGUACAUAUACACCCAUCCCAUUUUUUCCCACAUGCAACAAGGGGAACAAAAUUGUUGGAACAGCAAAGCAAUAACUUUAUGCAAAGGAAUUCCUUUCUUUGCAAUAGUUUUGUCUCGCUCAUAUGUCUCGACGAAUGUCGUUGUCGAUGUCGAGCAGUUGUGUGUGUUUGCAGUUUGAGUUGCAGUAGAUGGCAAUUAAUUCGAUCGGAUUUGGUGGAGAUUUGCCCGCAAAAAAAAUUGUAAAGUUUCUCACACAAUUUACCGUACUGAAAAAAAGUGACAUCUGAAAUAUAAUUUCCCCAUAAAAUCAAAAAAAAAACAAACAAAAAAGGAAUAGAUUUUUAAUUGACGCGCGGCAGGCAGCGGGAGUUUUUGUUGAAAAGAAAUUGAGUUUUCUUUUUUUUUUCUUGUUCUUCGUCUUUUACUCUACUCACUCUCUCUCCCUCUUACACUCUCGUUGGUUGUGCCAGUUUUUUUUUUUAUACAAAUACAUAUAAAAAAAAUAUCUUACGUACAUGUAUAUGUGUGUGUUUGUGUGUAAGUUUUUCUGUCCAACAAGUGCGUGAAAAAUAAAUAAAACAAAAAAAAAAAAUAAAAAAUACAGAAAACCUUGCAUCAAAUCGAAAAAAACAGAAAAUAAAUAGAAAAAAAAAUGUCGUUCGAUACGCGAAACAAUUCGGCAAUGAUGAAACGGGCCGAACAGCUUAAACGCUGGGAAGAAUCCGAAACAAAUCGUGAACCUUCAGUGCCGAAGAGUGAGAAAGGUCGCAAAAUCAAAUUCUCAUCGGGAUGCGUAUUUUUGGCUGCAUGUUUGGCCGGCGAUAAGGAAGAAGUUGUUAAUUUGAUUGAGAAUGGAGCUGAUAUUAAUACAGCUAAUGUUGAUGGAUUGACAGCAUUACAUCAAGCUUGCAUCGAUGAUAACUUGGAUAUGGUUGAAUUCCUAGUGGAACAUGGCGCCGAUAUUAACAGACAGGAUAAUGAGGGUUGGACACCAUUACAUGCAACAGCUUCAUGCGGGUUUGUAAGCAUAGCCCGGUAUUUAGUUGAACAUGGAGCCGAUAUAUCUGCCGUCAAUAGUGAUGGUGAACUAGCUGUCGACUUGGCAGUAGACAUAGCUCAUUUAAGUCCUAUGAUAGAAUACAUGCAGAAACUAGUAGCAGAACAUAACAUCGAUUGUGAUAAGGCACGACGUGCCGAAGAAGAAAUGAUGCUUAGCGAUGCCAAGCGAUGGUUGCGCAGUGAUGCUUCCGAAGCAGAUAAUCCACAUCCAAAAACUGGUGCCACAGCGUUACACGUUGCUGCCGCUAAGGGAUACAAAAAGGUUCUAAGCCUGCUCUUAGCUGGCAGAGCGAAUGUGGAUAAACAGGAUAACGAUGGAUGGACCCCAUUGCAUGCGGCGGCACAUUGGGGUCAAAAAGAAUCCGCUGAAAUGCUCGUAGAUGCUUUGGCCGAUAUGGAUGUACGAAACUAUGCUGGACAGACGUGUAUCGACGUGGCCGAACGAAAAAUGGUAAAAUUCCUUGAAGAUUUGCGAGCGAAUAACAAGAGAAUGAAACGAAGACCAUCUAGUCAAAUCAGUAGUCGAAUCUCAGAUACAAUCGAAAAUCACAUCGAGAACACCCCUACGAAGUUUAUUCGCGUUGAAGUGAAGCCAGACACAAAGGAUCCUGUUAAUGAGCAUAUCGAAGAGGAUGGUUUAAGCAAUUUAGAAAGGAUUACAGAAUCGGACGAAACCGAUUCUGAACUAACCGAUUCCACAGAGAGUUCACAUUCGACAAGUAUAUCAGAAGCUGAAGGUAUUAGAAGCUAUGAUAAACCAAAACUUAUGCCAGAAAAAGUUAAUUCGGAAACGGCCAUUGAUGAGGAUGCCCCAUGGCGACGUGGUAGUGCAGCAAGAACACGCAAUCAGCCAGAGAGUCCACCUAAAAAUCAAGUUCCUGAAAAAGAUGUCAAAUCGACGGAAUCCGAUGUCAUCCUCAGACGUACUCAAAGCUUUGAGAAUGAUGAAAAAUUCUAUCAAAAAUACAAUGAACUGCGAGCCAGAAUAAAGGCCAAUUCGUGUCCCAUAUUACCGGCAACACAAAAUCCAAAUGUACUAGGAACAGUUAACACGCCCAUUCAAAAUUAUUCAGUACAAAGAUCGGCCUCACUCAAAGAUCAUAGAUACUUCAGGAAACCUAUUACGUCGCCACCGGCUAGUCCGAAUACACCAGUUGCAACACCAAAUAGCACAGCGCCAACGACUCCUACGACUCCGAAUACGACACCGAUUCGAAGUCCGCCAACUCUUCCACCAAAAACAAUUCAAAAUAAUAACAACAAUAUCAACAAAAAUGCCAAUACAAAUAAUAAUAUCAACACUACCAACAAUAAUACAAAUGGAGACGUUCAAAAUAAAAACGAUGCUGCAAAGCAAAAAAUGUCACCGGGAACUAUUUUCAAAAAUUUCUUCAAAUCCUUUGUGCCACCAGUACGUGACGAAGAGAGUGAAACUCAACGUAAAGCCCACGCCAAACGAGUACGUGAAACACGUCGCUCGACUCAAGGUGUAACCUUAGAUGAAAUCAAGAGUGCCGAAGAACUCGUUAAAAAGAAGAAUUCAACAAUGAAUAAUAAUAACAACACUAGUGAAUUUUAAGACUAAAAACGAUUUAAAAAAUUUAUUUGUGUUAUCAAGAAAUUUAACACAUUGAAAAACUGUAUCCUGCGAACAACAUUCUACACAGAAAACCACCAACAAAAUCAACAACAAAAACAUAUCUUUCUCCGUAGCAUGUUGAUUCUUUUUCGCUGUGUAAUAAA